UCCCGGAAGUGCAGCUAUCGCAACACGGAAGUGUUGGAAAGAAAACAAACCUAAUCGUUUAAAUUGGAGUUCUAGGCUAGGUCGGAGGGGACGACUGUACCGCAUUUUGCUGUCUGGAUUUGCUCCUUGUGGUGACACGGCUGGUUCACGGGGACGAUGGAUUUUCUGUUUGGGAAGAGAAAGACUCCGGAGGAGAUGUUGAGGCAGAACCAGAGGGCACUCAACCGGGCUAUGAGAGAGCUAGACAGGGAGCGAAUGAAGCUGGAGCAACAGGAGAAAAAGAUCAUAGCUGACAUCAAGAAAAUGGCCAAACAAGGACAAAUGGACGCUGUGAAGAUCAUGGCCAAGGACUUGGUUCGUACACGACGCUACGUCAAGAAGUUCAUCAUGAUGAAGGCCAAUAUUCAGGCUGUCAGUCUAAAGAUACAGACACUGAAAUCCAACAACAGUAUGGCACAGGCCAUGAAGGGCGUCACCAAAGCCAUGGCCACCAUGAACAGACAGCUGAAACUGCCUCAGAUCCAAAAGAUCAUGAUGGAGUUUGAGCGACAGAGUGAAAUCAUGGACAUGAAAGAGGAGAUGAUGAACGAUGCAAUCGAUGAUGCCAUGGGUGAUGAGGAUGACGAGGAUGAGAGUGACGCCAUUGUGUCCCAAGUGUUGGACGAGCUUGGUCUGAAUCUGUCCGAUGAAUUGUCCAAUCUCCCGAGCACCGGUGGAAGUCUGUCUGUGGCUGGAGGAAAGAAAGCUGAGCCCCAAGCCGCCCUUGCUGACGCAGACGCGGACCUGGAGGAGCGCCUGAACAACCUCCGCAGAGACUGACCGUGCUGGAGUCAGACAAGCGCUGUGGCGAGUCGGUUAAUACAAAUAUACUCCAAUCUCUGUCUCUAGAUUCUCUUGAAGUUAAAACUGGCUGGCUGUUGCAGUCUGCAGGCUGUUUAAAGGUAUUGGACUUUGUGUUUGAGCUGUCUUCUUUUUUUCUGUAUAUUAUGUAUCUUAAUAAGGAAAAAAGAAAAAUAUGGGCCACCAUCCUUCAUGGGCCCAGCGAAUUCGGGUCUCAGCCAAAUGACAGGUUGUGUGAACAUAAAUGUUUAUUUCAUACAAUAUUCUGUGUAAAUACUAACUCCAGGACGCAUACAAAUUUUGCAAUUUAAAUUAACACUAAUUACUAAAUAUUUGCGGGAAACCAAAUAAAAGACAGUGAUAUUGCAGAAAGUUGCAUUUUUAUAUGACGACAUCCACAAAUUUCCAACACGUUUUGUACAUGAAGUGGGUUUGGUGUUCUUAUCAGGAUCUUGGUUACAUUUGGGGGUCUGUGACUGGUCAGGUUCUCCCAGGACGGUGUGUAUCUGACUGUGUGGAGGUGUGUUGAGCCUCUGAAGCAGCAAAGACACUCCCGGCUCGGUCUGUUGACUCCGUCAGCGGUGGUUCUGAGAUCAGCAGCAUUUUCACCAAAAUACUAAGGAGUGUGUGGUGUUUAUUUUUGAGAAACUGUCAUUUUUUUCUGUAUUCAAUAAACAUUUUUCCAGAUUAAA